UAUUGCACACCAUGCCUUUCGUCAACUACCGCGAGCUCUUUGCUGAGCAUGAUUCCACUCAGCUGGAAAGAAUCGGCCAAGGCCGCUGUGGGACAGUAUGGGCGGCUCAUUGUUCCGAUUGCCACGGACACUACCAUCUAGCCAUCAAACUCGAAAAUGGUAGCGCGGGGCGGUCCAUUUCUCAUGAAUACAAGAUUCAUCAAGAAGUGCUCAGAACAUCUGCGCAAUGUUGUUUUUUCUUCCAAAUCCCUCGGACUAUAAACUUUCUAGAUUUGCAGGAUAUCUCAAUGUGGCAUCGCAUCUUACCGAAAUUACCCGAGGGUUAUACAAGAUGCAAUGCUAUUGUCAGCGAGAAGAUCAUACCGCUUCCGGCUUCUACUCGAAGACUCCUCGUACAAAAGCUCCUCCCCGAUAUAGAUGAAGAGAGCGUCAUGAACAAUUCGAGCAACGAACAUUGUCUUAUUCGACCAUAUCUGGGCCGCCGACGAUGUCGCAAUCCAGAGGCCGAUACAGAACCGAGCACGCGCCCGCGAGCGUUCAGCCUUCGAGAUUUCCCACUGCACUUGGAUCAGAUGGAACAACUAGGUCUUAAUCCCGGUGAAUACGCAAUUACCAUGGCAGAUGCGCUUGCUUUCAUGCACUGGAUGGCAGGGGUAGAUGGAAAUGGUGUUGAGUUUGUGCUUGGUCGGCCGCGAGGUCCACCUUACAUCUUCUGCCUAUGCCACCAGAAAUCGUCUCAGGAUGCGCACCCUCGUAAUAUCGGCAUACUAGGUCCGCAUUCGAUGUGGAUAAUGGACUUUGAUAUGUGCAAGGAGUUGACGCUUGACGAAAGCGGCAUUGAACAAGCCUGCAACGCUUUCUGGGGCAAUGAUCCGUGGUAUCCUCGGCCUGGUCGGUUGGCUACGGCGGAUCAGAAACUAUGGGAUAUUUUUGAACUUCGAUUCCUGACAUCGAGUGCCAGGAUUUUGGGAGGGCGACCAAGCGAAAUCAGGGAGCUUCCCAGGCUACUCGUGGAGAAGAUCAAGCAGACUGCAAUGACUACUUCGACGGACGAAGUUGGGAAUUCGGAAAUGGAAGCAAAUUGA